CCCGGGGCCUCAGGAAGCGAUCAAUCUUAGGCCCACCCUGAGAACAUUGCAGCAUCUCCCCACAUAAGCCACAGACACUUUAGUCUCCCCCCACAAGCACCACUUCCCCAGGAUGGGGGGCACAGAGGACAAUAGGUGCUAAAAAGAAAGAAAGAGCUGCAGUAGAAUUUGGGGAUGACGUGGCGAAAGGAGGAGGAGGUCAAAUACACAGGGAGGAGGGAAACGGGGAAAGCAGAGCUGAGACAAACUGUAGAAGACGACCAAUAAGGCUCCUUCCCUUGCAACCACAGCUCUGUCCUGACCCCACGCUGACAAGGACCAGCCUUUCCUCCUACAAAACCUCAAGCCAGCAGCUCCUGACACACGUUUUCCUGCUCUAGAGUCCUCAGCAUCGCUAUCUGACCAACACUUGUUCUUUCCGCAAAGAGAGCCAGGGUCCUUCCAGGCAAGAAACCAGCCUACGGGGGUUAAUUUUGCCAAGGCUCUUCCAUACAAUCGUAAGGAUGCUGCUCUGCAGAAUCUUAAGCAUACCGGUGGCUUCCAUAAGCAUCAUUGCUUUGUUCAUCGCCCUGACCACUGAUUACUGGCUGGUGGCUUACGGACCAGCUGGCAUUGCCCACAGUGGCCUCUGGCAGGAGUGCAUGGAUGGGAACUGCUGGACCCCAACCAAGGCUAAUGAAUACAUCCUUGCCACACGUGCGUUCCUGAUCUUGGGCUCCCUGGCAGCUUUGGUCUCGGUCAUUUCUCUCACCGCCUCCUUCAUGCCUUGCAACUGUGGCUUCCUUGGCGGAGUCUUUGUCACGUCCAUCGUUGCCUUCACAGGUGCACUCUUCACUCUUGUUGGUGUAGUCGUAUUCACCACUGAAUCCUGGGGGAAGAACAGGGACCCUCAAAUCCAGCUCACCUAUGAAUGGUCCUUCUAUCUUGCCUGGGUAGCAUUUCCCAUGCUGUUCCUGACUGGCGUCUUCAGCCUUGUUGCUCACUUGUGCCCUUCAAGGCCUGGCUAUGAGAAUGUGUGAGGACCUGGUUCCUAAAAAGCAAAGGCAACCUUGUGAUGCAGUCGACACACAACACACAAAGGAAGCCUGUCCCCAACCUGUCCCAUGCCAGUAAAAUCCCCUUCCAAACUGUCCCAAUAGUGCUUUCAUCCCCAAUCGAUUCACAGCACCCCCUAUAGGGCACCUGAGCUGCCUUGUCUUCAGGGAGCUUUUUCUGCAUUGCCUUGUCUACAGGUUGGGCAUCUGCCAUGGAAUCACUGGUUGCAAACAAAUGAUGUUUCGCAGGGGGUGGGUGUUGGCCACCAACGAAACCGCAAACCGAUGUGGAAAUGUGGAGAACUAAAUGUAAGGCUGGAAAA